UUAAAAUGAUGCGCUUGACUCUCUCACGAUCCUUCUUCUUUCGACGGCAGCAGCAGAGUCACAAGUCGAAGCGAGCUGCCUAAUUGCUUCAGCUCGGUGUCUGUUGGUAUCUCAGUGUCACUCAAUUAUCCAUGAUACCCGUGCCUCCCGAACUUGUGGAUUCCAUCUUCGGCAAACUAGACAAUGCACUUGAUCGUCUAACUCUAUCUUCCUGCACCCGUGUCUGCCAGGCAUGGCACCGCCUUGCUCUGCCCCACUUGUUCUCCGCCAUUACAAUUCAGUACAGUGCUUCACCAGAACGUCGAGAUAACCCCUUCCUUCCAAAAUCCGUAUGUGGGCUGCACCUGCUAUUGGAAAAAUACGUCUUCCUGCGUCCUUGCGUGCAGAAAAUCCACGUGCGUGUGAAAAGCACCGCGCUGCGUGAUGAAAGAAUGAUCCAGUGGGAUGAGCCUGCCUCUGUCAGCGUCUUCCAUGCCAUGACGAACCUGAGGCACAUCGUUAUCAACGGUAGUCAUUUCUUCGCCUGGCAUACCAUGCCAAUUUCUAUUCGCCAAGCAAUGUACAAUUCAUUCCGGCUUCCUACUGUGACUUGCUUGACAUUGGAAGCCAUGCAUAUCGCCGACACCAAGUUUACAGAGUUCUUCUCCGUUAUCGGUGACUGUGUCGCGUUGGAGACCCUGGAUAUCUCAUUUGUCGAUUUCCCUUCGCGACCCCAGUUUUUCCGGCGCGGCGCUACUACGCCUUCUCAUCGUCGGCCUCAGUUUCGCUCGCUCUCAAUGAUCGUGUUCCCCAUGGUCAUGCAAGUUCUAUUAGAAUUCCUCCUUGAUCAUACAGAUCUGAGAAAGCUGGAGUCACUGUGCCUAAAAUCCAGCAAGUUAGAUUCUUGGGCUCUUCGUACAGUUUUCGACACGACUGUAGACCGUUUGGAUUAUUUGGAUAUCGGGUUUAUCGAUUUUUCAGGCGGAGGGUCUAAUACAAGACAUGGAUCUAUCCCGCAAUUUACGGUCUCUUGCAUUCGCCCUUUCACUUCCAGCAGAGCAGCAAUGCGUUAACCAAUUGGAGGCUUUGGAGACGUUAUUCGCUCGGAUACUGAAUUCUAGCGACAGGCGCAUUGAGGAAAUUACCCUCAAAUUUUAUUCUUCCCGCCGUGAUCUCAUGGAUUUCUCCAACACAUUAUGGCGUUCCUUAGCGGAAGCGUUGAGGAUGACCGCCAUAAGUUUGGCAGCUACUCUGAAGGAAGUC